AUGUCAGUAGUGAAUGAAGAAAGUGUUCCGGUUUUUGUCUCUUCAACAGAGCUAGAAUUUCAAUUAAACGAAAAAAGUCCGCUUAAACCUUUUACAUUGUACAAUCCCUAUCCUUAUCCCAUAACUUACAAAAUUUUAUGUACGGCCACUAGAAACUACCAUCUUAGCGAUUCCACGGGAACACUACUACCAGAAUGCUGUAAAGAUAUUGUUGUGCGCUGUAUACAAAAAGGAUUUGCGGGGAAUGUAGACAAAUUGAAAAUUGAAAUAAUGAAAAAAGGAAGCAACCGGGUAUGA